CCCAUUUUAGCCUGAGCUCUGUUUCAUGCCUGAACCACAUAUCCCAAUUGGUGAUCUGUGUUAAUGGGCAAUGUAACGUCGGGUGUGGCUGCAAAGUUUGCAUUUUUCCCUCCAGACCCACCCACCUAUGAUGUGCACAAAGACGACGGUGGUAAGCUUGUGUUCUCGGGAGUUACAGCUGACAAGAACAUGGAAGUGCAUUUGCUUGAUACAAAAGCAGGGAACAAGAUCGUUGCCACGUUUUGGAGGCACCCUUUUGCCAGGUUCACGCUUCUCUACUCGCAUGGUAAUGCUGCUGACUUGGGUCAGAUGCACGAGCUCUUCAUUGAGCUCAGGGCUCACCUGCGUGUCAAUAUUAUGAGCUAUGACUAUUCAGGAUAUGGAGCAUCAGCUGGUAAGCCAUCUGAGUUCAACACAUAUUAUGACAUAGAAGCUGUGUACAAUUGUUUAAAGAACGACUACGAAAUAAGACAAGAGGAUUUGAUACUGUAUGGCCAAUCUGUUGGAAGCGGACCAACUCUGCACUUGGGUUCUCGCUUACAGAAACUGAGAGCCGUUGUUCUUCAUAGUGCCAUCCUGUCAGGCAUACGAGUCUUGUAUCCCGUCAAGUUGACGUUUUGGUUUGACAUUUUCAAAAAUAUAGACAAAAUACGGCACGUCGACUGUACGGUUUUAGUUAUACAUGGAACAGAUGAUGAAAUUGUUGAUUGGUCCCAUGGAAAGCGUUUAUGGGAACUUUCCAAGGAAAAGUAUGAUCCCUUAUGGGUCAAGGGUGGAGGCCACUGCAAUCUCGAAACAUAUCCUGAGUACAUUAAGCACUUACGCAAGUUCAUAAAUGCGAUGGAGAAACUUUCGCUCGGUAAACAAACGAAGAAACAACUCACUUCUAACCCAAGUAUCACAGAAGUAAAACACAACAAGUGCUUGAGAUUUGGAAAAAGAUAGCUGGUUUUCUUGAUAUCGCUUGAGAAAGUAGGGUAUGGAAACAGAUAGUUCCACUGCAUUGUCACCCUGUCUACACGAAUAGCUAUGAUUUCUUUGGCAGCAAGGUAGCUAUCCAGCCUGGUAUUUUUCUUGGUAGAGGAACAGAUAGGAGGAAUCAUACCUAGAAUGUUUGAUCCAGAUCUAGUUCAGUUCAGAUGACCAUUUUUUUGAGAUAGGGAAUGAACUUACGUGUACAAUUUCUAGAGGUUUGGUUCCUGAUCUGGGGUUUCUUGUAUAAUUUAAAGAACUGAGCUCUAUUUCUAUGUAAAGAAACUAUCAUCAAUUUCAGUAGAGAAAAUACAUGGGUUGCUUUGAUU